AUGGAUUUUAGUGAAUCACCGGAUGAUCUACAGGCUAAUUUGGUGGAGUAUCACAGACAAUUAGACUCCGUGCUUGAAGCUUUGAGCAUAGAUCCGCAGAACAAUGAACUAAUUACUCUACAUAAAGAUUUAAAAGAAGUUAUAUCGCUAACUAACGAUUUAAUAAAGUACAAACAGACAAAUAGUGAAUAUUUGGCUCAAGACGCUAAUCAUCCAGAAGAUGCAGAAAAACCUGACACGGGGAAAUCAGUCUUUAUAGGUAGAACAUGCAUUGUUUUGUUUAAUGGUAAACAAAAGUAUGGAGAAGUUACGCAGGUUAAAGGCUACCAGCCAACUGAUCUAGUUAUCAUUGAGAUACUUGGAUCUAGGGAACCAUGCACACUAGCAUUAAAGGACUUAAGGUUGCUUGAGCCUCCUUUGCCUAGUCAAUGUAAACCUGGUUCCCUAGUACAAGCUCUCUAUUCCUGUGAUGGACGUUGGUAUGAUUGUAUAAUAAAUCGGAGAACCGAAAGUGGAUAUAUUGUGACAUAUAAGGAUUAUAAUACAUCGGAAGAGGUACAGAAUGAUAGAAUUAGAUUGAAAACACGUGCUGAGUCCAGAACAAAAGAAGUUAAGGAGAUAGUAACUCCAGCAGGUUACAUAAUACCGGAGAAUCUUAUUAUCAAGAAGACGGAUACUGAUAAGGAGAAGAUGAGAAAGAAGAAAUUAGUACAAAGUCUUAAGAAGCAGCAAAAAGCAGAGAAAAUCCACGAAGAAGCUACAAAACGUGCCGAUAGCUGGCGGAAGUUUCAACAAAAGUCUGGAAUUAAAAAUAAGAUUGGAUAUAUGACUGGAAAACGUGGAGGGUCUAUGUUAGACAGUACAAAUUCUAAAAUGCCCGAGAUAUCUGGACCUGAUUACGGUUUACACAAUACGUUUAUUCCUAAGCGGAAAUUGGACUACACCAAGGACAUGUUCUAG